ACGCCAAGAGAGCCUGAAUUGACGUUCGAUGUGGAUGAGGAGACAUUGUUUCUACACAUUGGGAUUAUACCCGGUAGUUAUUGUAGCUUAACUGGAUCUUCUAAAAUAGACUAAUACGAUUAGCAUUUCUAUUUGACAACUGGCAUGAACGAUCGACCAGGAAGUUUAUAUCAAUCGGGCAGAAUUCAACAUCUAUAGGGAGAAACGGACAAAGCAACCCACGAGAGACGUACAGCACUGAGGAAACGAGGGCCUACAUGGCAAUGAAUAGGCGCGGAAACAAUGAUCUUUAAAAGAGAGCGAUGUUUGAUCUCAAACGGAAAUUAUCAGAUUAUGAUCACAUAGAGCUCGCAAAAUUGGAUAAAUAAAUCGUAUGAGUACUCUAAAUAAUUUUCACAUGGAUUUCUUUAUAAGGUUAUAGCCACUGCUUUAUCACGUAACAGGCGGAUAACCAUUGUUAUUUUAAUGCAUUAGGAAAUAAAGUCUAUUGUGUACUAAAAUGGAUAUAGCUUUUGGGAAGUAACUUGUAAGUCCUCGGAUGAUAUCGUCAAAUACGCACAAUGUGACAAAUAAUUAUACGGGAAACGAAACAUAAACUAUCCUUGUAUCACAAUAAUUAUCAUGAUUUACUGCCGGGUAUGAAAAUGGUGAUCAUAUUAUGACAAUGGAUGCACUACGUAACACUGAAAUGAAUCUCUCAUCGACUACGACAACACUGUCAUUAAACACAACUUCUAGCGCUUAUGUGCCUUACGUGCUUGAGUGGUCGUCAGAAGUCAUAUAUAGAGUGGUGACUCUAAUCAUUGUGAUGGCCGCGACUGUCGUUGGGAAUAUAACGCUUAUAGUACUCUUAAUGAAGAAUCCCAAGCACAGACGGAAAAGAGUGAAUGUCUUUUUGGUUAACUUAGCCAUCGGAGAUUUAAUGGUGUGUAUAGUGACGAUGACAACAGAAGUAUUCUUCAUAGCGUUUGGUGAGUGGGUCCUUGGAGCUGUUGCCUGUAAGCUAUUGCUUUAUGGCCAAAUUAUGACCCUAGCAAGCGCGACUUUCCUUCUAGUAGGAAUGAGCAUUGACCGAUAUCAAGUGAUAGUCAAACCCCUCCAGUCAUUAGCAAAUAACCCAUGGAUUUGGCGCAAGGUGGCCGUCGCCUGGGUAAUGGCUCUUGUGUUCGCCUCUCCACAACUGCUUAUUUUUGUUCAAACAGACGAGGGAAUGCACCCCGAUGGUAACAUUAUCCACAAAUGUAAAAGUCAAGGGUAUACAGCCAUGUGGCAGAGGAAAUUAUAUUUCACCUUCCUCACCACGUAUAUUCUUAUCAUCCCCAGCAUUAUCAUGACUUACUGCUAUGUGAACAUCAUAAGGGUGGUGUGGUCUCGCAACAAAGGAGAUGCCAUUCUCAGGAAUAACUCAACGAAGUCGAUAUCAAAUGACGUUGCCCCUAAUCUCAAUCUUAACCGAAAACUUGUAUCUAACUCCAAAGUGAAAGCCGUGAAAAUGACAUUGACCGUCAUCGUUGCAUUUGUGGCGUGUUGGGCCCCUUACCUGUUCGUAACGCUAGUGAGGAUUUACUCAAACUACAAAAUAAAACUAAAAAUGGGGCAAGUGGUGGCGGAGACAUUGACGCUAAUCCAUAGUGCACUGAACCCUAUCCUCUAUGGCUUGUUUAACUCUAAGUGUUCUUUCACCCAUUGUUGCCCAUGUCUCACUUGGUCAGGCAAUACGGAAAGGAAAGGCGACAUCAGACACCACCGUGAGACUAUCCCGACCACUGAAUGUCUUGGUAAUAAUAAGAACACCCCCAGACGACAUCGUGCAAACAAAUGGCUACCUGGAUGGUUCAGUAGUCGAUGUUGUCGGUGCAGCAAAUCAAAACACUUAGCAGAAUGUGAUAAGACACAAUUGUGCGAAACACUCAUCAAGCGCAAUGGUCACAAUAACGGCAAAGACGACCUUCGAGAGGAUGUCGUAAAACUAGUCAAACAGAAAAAUGAAAAGAGUCAUAAAAUGUGCCUAGAUAAGACUAUUAAUUGCAAAGAACGAGAGCAAAUGGAUUAUUGCAUCUCUACAGUGUGAUGUUUUUACUCCAAUGAUGUAUUAAUCAAGGUCGGAUAAGCAGGAUAAAUACGGAUCCAUCAAUCAGGCAUUUAUACCCAGGUCUCUACAGAAAAUAUCGUGACUUUGAUAUAUUCAUUCCUGAUCUAAUAAACACCAUUACUUAUCCCGGUUGGAAAUAUUCCAUUCUUGUAUAAAAGGACAGAUUUGUAACUUUUCUUUUGAUGGAUUUGUAUUCCAUUAACUUUGUAAUUUACACUAUUACUUUUUAACUAUCAUUAAUAUGUCAUUAUGUCUGUAUUUAUUUAUUAGUUAGACUAUGUUUCAUUUAACGAUGCAAAUCGAUAGGAAGAGCACGAUAAACGUAAAGACUAGCAAUAAUACUAUUUAAAGACAGCCAACUGACGUAAAAAUAAAUAAAAUACGUCCCCAGUCAAUCCAUGCUUCCGUUACUAAGCUCUUAAAGAGCUAGCGGAUUCGGAGUAAUUAAUAUUGUCAAAUUUUACUUGCUGUAAAACCUGAUGUGAAUGUACAUUUUAUUGGAUAGUGUGAUAAUAAAUGGUGAAUUUUUACACAAUGAAAACAUAAAAA